CCAUCAUGCAGAUGAUGAACGGCGUGCUGGAGGUCCGCUGGGAGGACACGCUCAAGGUGGACGUGCCCCGGCCGGCGUUCAUGGACGAAAAGGAGCCGGACGACUGGACCGAAGACGAGGUCAAGGAGGCCGCCGAGUACGAGCGCAGGGCGGCCGAGUUGGAGGUGGAGCGCGACAAGUACCGCAAACUGCUGGAGCAGGAGCUCAAAAAGAUGCUGGUCACCCUGCAGGAGACGGUGGACCGGUUUGACGACAGUCUGAAUCAGCUGUUCACGCUUAAGGUACAGACGGAACACGCUAUCUACCAGGAGGAGCUGAAGGUCAGCAGACUGAUCCGGGAUGUGGCCAGCGAAGAUGACCGCCAGAAAACGGGAGAGAGACCGAGCUCUGCUUAG